UCCCACUCCCCUGAGGACAUGCAAAUCCUUGACCCCCUCCACCACCAAAUCAAAGCCACCUGCCAACUGGAGGAAGGACACAUCAUCUUUCGCCGCAGGGCCCUCCAACCACGUGGCAUCAAUAUUGACUUCACCAGUUUCCAAAUCUGCCCACCCCAUUCUGCCAUCCCAGAUCCAACCUUUCAUCUUGGCACUGCCAUCUUGUCCUGUCUUACCUGCCCAUCUUCCAUCCCAUCUAUCCACUCCAUCCUUCCCAACAAACUAUCAUAAUCAUCUCUAUGGGCAUUCAUAUAUCACCUUUCCACCUGCCAUACUCCCACCCCCUAUUUAUUUCUCAGUCUCCUUCCUCAUCCAUAUUCAUGAUGAAGGUCUUUUAACCGAAAUGUUGACUCUCCUGCUCCUUGGACGCUGCCUGAUCUGCUGUGCUCUUUCCAGCGCCACACUUUUCAACUGUAACCAAGUUCUUAGACAAUUGAAGCAAGACUUCACUAUUGCUUUACUCAAAUUCUCUUGCUAUACAGGCUGACAUUCCACAAGGCUUCCUAAUAGCUUGCUGUCCAUACAUGUUAAUCAUCAGUGACUUAGCGACACAGUUACCGAGGUCCGUUUGUGCAUCUACACUUUGCAACCCCUAACAAUUUAGGAAACGCACUGCGCUAAAUUAUCUGUUCAAUUAUUUCUCUCUCAUUCCCGAUUCUCCAACAUUAUACCCUGCUUUAGAAUGCCAGUCUCAACAACAUAUUGGAGAGAUUUUUUUUUUGCCUUGAAUAUAAACGUCACUCUGAACUCAGUGUUCACUGCUUUCAAAUAUUGUAAAUUCUUAAUUGAGAGUGAUUGGUUAUAUAAUGUAAUUAUAAUGAUUUAUAUUGUAAAUGUAUAUCAGCACACCAUUGCAGUCUGGUGAAAUGAACAAUUUUGCAAAUGUUGACAAAUUAAGAAAUAAUAAAUUAAAUGGAUUUUAAGUCAAUAACCUGUUUACAGCAACAUUAAUUGUACUUUAUCAAUUCUGUUCACUGUUCAGGUUUUGGUUUGGUCUUCAUUGCCUACCCAGAGGCCCUUGCACAGUUGCCGUGGGCACCAUUAUGGUCUGUUUUAUUUUUCUUCAUGCUGUUCACUCUGGGAGUUGACACAUCAUUUGGAGGUUUAGAAACAGUUAUGACAGCCCUGCAGGACCAGUUCCCUACAUUGCUCCGAUCAAAGCGCCUUCUUCUGACAGCUGGCAUUUGUUCGUUAUUUUAUCUGCUUGGCCUUCUAUAUGUGACACAGGCUGGGAUUUACUGGUUAAAUUUUAUCGAUCAUUACGCUACAGACUGGAUUCUCUUUAUAACAGCUCUCCUGCAACUCAUCGGUCUCAGCUGGAUCUAUGGGAUAAACAGAUUCAUCAAGGACAUUGAGAUGAUGAUUGGGGAAAGGAAUUGGCUCUUCUGGCUGUGGUGGAGAAUCUGUUGGAUUCUGAUCUCUCCAUGUUUGCUGGUGGCAGUCUUAAUCUGGUCCUUAGCAACACUCACCCCUCCAACAUAUGGACCUGUUGAAUACCCUGUCUGGUCAGGAGCACUGGGCUGGUGUAUGACCAUCUUCUGUAUUAUGUGGAUCCCCAUUGUGGCCAUGGUGAGAGUUGUCCAAGCUGAGGGCCCCACCUUGUGGCAGAAAAUAUCUGCUGCUUGCACAUCAGCUCCUGAUUGGGGUCCGUACUUGAAACAACACAGAGGGGAAAGAUACAGGAAGCAGCUGGACUCUACAGAAGACCCAAACUCUGUGCACCUUCUGGUUAUUCCUGAGAAGUGACAACUCAAAGGAAAAUUCCUGUUCAAUUUCGAGACACCACCCACGCCCUCCACCUCCUCCAAGACUUCCGUUUCCCCGGCUCCCAAUGCCUCAUCUUCACCAUG